GAGCUGUCGCCGCCAUCUUGUGUGAGGGAGCGACCGGAGCAGCCAGCCAGGAAGGAAAGGAGGAAGGAAAGGAGGGAGGGAAGGGAGCAGCCAGCCAGCCGCCGACCCACCGCGGAGGAGCCGCCAUGAACCCCGAGUAUGACUACCUGUUCAAGCUGCUUCUGAUUGGCGACUCCGGUGUGGGGAAGUCGUGCCUCUUGCUACGGUUCGCUGAUGAUACCUACACAGAGAGCUACAUCAGCACCAUCGGCGUAGACUUCAAAAUCCGCACCAUUGAGCUGGAUGGCAAAACCAUCAAACUGCAGAUUUGGGACACAGCCGGGCAGGAACGGUUUCGGACCAUCACCUCGAGCUACUACCGAGGAGCACACGGCAUUAUUGUGGUGUAUGAUGUGACGGAUCAGGAGUCCUACAACAACGUGAAGCAGUGGCUGCAGGAAAUUGAACGCUACGCCAGUGAGAACGUGAACAAGCUCCUCGUGGGCAACAAGUGCGACUUGACCACGAAGAAAGUGGUGGACUACACAACUGCCAAGGAGUUUGCAGACUCGCUUGGGAUCCCCUUCCUGGAGACCAGCGCCAAGAACGCCACCAACGUGGAGCAGUCGUUCAUGACCAUGGCGGCCGAGAUCAAGAAGCGCAUGGGCCCCGGCGCCACGGCGGGCGGAGACAGACCCAACUUGAAAAUUGACAGCACUCCGGUCAAACAGGGCGGCGGCGGCUGCUGCUGAGGAGGAGGGACCUGACCGGGCCGGAGCGGAGGGGGCCGGGACCCGGGGAAGGCUGGGCGAGGGAGCCUGCCCCUCCCUCCGCUGCCCAGCCCCCCCUCCCGCUUUUCUUCUUCUCGGAAGGCGGCUUUCCCGGAUGAUACCUCGCCGGAGGGGGACGGGGCCUCCCUCCCCUUCCCGCUCGGCUGCCGAGUACCCUUGGCCUAUCUCUUUUUUUUCCACUUAACUCUGGUGGGGGUGGGGGCGGGGGAGGCGGGGGUUUUGGGGUGGGUGGGCUCUGUACAGGCCAAAGGCUUCCUGACCACUCGGGGGGCGGGGCGUUGACGCUGGAUCCUGCCCUCUGGGGGGGCGGCCCCCCCCUAGGCAAGGUCUGGGCAACGGUUCUCUUGCUGGUUCUGUUUUGCUCCCCUUCCCGUCAACCCCUUCCCGCGCCCCGUCCUCCCAUCUCGUGAGUUUUCUAAUUGGGAGCAGAGCUUUUGUAUCUUUCCCGUCCGGCUCCCCUUCCCCGCGGUCCCACAGAUCUUUCAGGCGUGCUCGGGGCCGGCCCACGUCCCCACGUACCUGUUGCCCCCCCCCCCCCCGCCCUUUGGCGGGGGGCGCACCUGCAGGGUGGAUGCCCCGGAGAAGGGCCGGGGCGGCUGGCUGCAUCUCUCCCCCACUCCCCUUCAGGCGCCCACACUCGGCUUCUCCCCACAAGCGACACCCUCGUCUUUGCCUGCCUCCGAUGGGGUCGCUGCCGGCCGCGAAGUAGCUCCUUGCAUCUCGCCACGUUGUCCUGCCGCCACAUGAUCCCCCGCCCCCCUCCGCCCCCUGCCCACGCUGAAACUCUUCCUCUCAGGGCCCCCACGAUCCGCAGCUCCCCGCCACCUUCGCUCCCCACUUCCCAUGUUCUUCACCCUGCUCUAGGAACGGACAUCGUGGUGACCCCUCACAGGAGGGGAGUUUGAACCCUGGCCAGCCUCCACCACUAGCACCGCUGCCACCGCUGCUGCUGCUGCUGCUGCUGCUCCCACAGGGUGGGGUCCUGUGCGUCAAACUAAUUUAUAACUCCUCCAUUCUUCCUCAAGCCUGCGGUGGGAGGAAGGGGAGAAGGCUGGGGGCACACGCCGCUCCCCGGCUCCUGCAUUCCAGUCCAUGAAUGUAUCGUCAGACAGCGGGGCGGUCCCCCUGCGACCUGAGCGGCUUUGGGCACGAUCCAGGCGUGGUCCCACUCGCCUUUGGCCGUCUCGGCUCCCGUCAGUCCCGAUGUUCCUCAGUCCCUUGCUGUUACCGCAAGGCUGUGUCGCCGGAUCCCCUCUCCCGGUAUCAAUGACCAAAUUGAAGCCCAUCCGUCCCACUGGUGCUGGGCCCCAGCUUCUAGGAAUGCUGUAUCGUGUGUCUGCCUCUCCCCCGCCACCUCUCUCAGCACCAGGAAGCUGCGUUUCCGCAUUGCUUCCCUGUCCCUCCAUCUUCCCUCUUCCCUUCCCCCCUCCCUCCCCCUCUUUAUUUAAGGAAUGUCAGGGACCCCGCUGGGCCAGGCAGUGGGUGGAAGGUUUUGUUUGUCAGCUUUUUUUUCACAAGUGAAAUUAAAAACACAAAUGAGAGGAAAAGAGAAAAGGAAAAAAAUAAUAAAACAUAACCAGCCUCUGCGAAAUGAGGGAUUUUCA